AGUAACAGAAGAAUUUAUAACAUUUGUUAAAACUUUUAAGUGCUGCUAAAACUGCUAAAACAAAAGAUGGUUUGUGAAACGGUGUGUACGAUAGUGAAUACAAUAUUAUGUUGUACACAAAAGUAUAAAAGAGCUGAAGAUGUCGAUAUAAAAAUGGAAAAUAUUCAGAGCAAAACAGAAGAUGAAGUAAAAAUUAUAAUCGAACCAGAGAAAAAUGCUUCGAUCAAACCGUCGUGUAUUCCUCAAGCGUACGAAUCUCAAAAACCGAACAGCGAGAGUUUGAAGAGGAGCACACAAAAUAUUGUUUCAACAGAUAAUUCUAAACUUGGCAAUUAUAUAAGGUUUGCGAAGAAAUGUAAAUGCGGACAGCAGGAGCAGCAAAAUGCAUCAGAAGAUGAAAUCAUCAAGCUGCAAGUGAUAAUUGUUACAGAUAAACAUUAUUGUGGCAAUUUAUCUGAGGUCGAUGAGCCGCACCGGCAUAAUGUACCUGAGAUUGAUAUUCGGAAUCCAGAAGUAACAGUCGAGGCUUCACAAUCGAGAAGAUUGCCACAGCCUCAGUUACUUGUGACGAGUUCUACCAGAAAUUCGCAAUGCAGAGCUGGUAAUUCGACCACAUCAACAUCGUACUUACCAAUUAAAGAACAGGAACCAUAUCGAAAAAAACAGGACAGAAUAAAUAGUUAUUUAACAUCUACAAAAGUAGAUAGAACAAAAAAGUCAUCUAAAGGAUCAUUUCAUUUAUCAAAAUAUAUUACAAGAAUAUUUAGACAUUCUGCCCCCGAAAUUAAAAUAAAAUGAAAUAAAAAAAUUACAUUUUAAG